AUGAAGCUAGGCAGCUUGCUCUUCCGCAUCCUCACGCAUAACAUCCGCUAUGCAACAACCUCGCCCUCGGCCGGCGAGCAGCCAUGGAGCGUCCGCGCGCCUCACAUCGUCAACGAGCUCGACUACCACAGCCGGCUGAACCCAGAGAGCUUCGUCUGUCUCCAGGAGGCGUUGCACAACCAGGUCAACGACGUCCUGGCCGGCCUCAACGCUCGCCCGCACGCCCAGGCCGAUGAAUGGGCCUUCUACGGCGUGGGCAGAGACGACGGCAAGCAGGCCGGAGAGUACUCGCCCAUCUUCUACCGCCCGGCCGUCUGGACGCUGCAGGAGAAGGAGACCGUCUGGCUGUCCGAGACGCCCUCUGUCCCCUCCAAGGGCUGGGACGCUGCCUCGAUCCGCAUCGUCACCAUCGGCGUCUUCAACCACAGGGCCUCCAACACCACCGUGCUCGCCAUGAACACCCAUCUCGACGACCAGGGCAGCAAGUCCCGCCUCGAGUCGGCCAAGCUGAUUCUCAGUCUCAUCCAAAAGUACCUGGCUCGCCACCCCGAGGUCAAGGGCAACUUUCUCGCGGGCGACUUCAACAGCGCCGAGAGCCAGGAGGCCUACCGGGAGUUCACCAAGCCGGGCUCCAGCAUCGUCGACACCUACAAGAAGGUCCCUGCCGCCCAGCACUAUGGAGACGAGAUCACCUUCACUGGAUUCGACGGCAAGACCAAGGGCAGCCGCAUCGACUAUGUCAUGGUCGGUCCUCAGUCGUCUUCUGCGUCCAUCCCUUUCACUGUCAAUGGCUUCCUUCCAUACAUAAAAUUCAUCUUUUUUUAUUCCUGUAUCUUCGUUCUUCGUUCUUCGUUCUUCGUCUUCAGUCUUUUCUUCUUCUUCUUCUUUCUAGGGGCUGGCCUGCUUAUGUCAUGA